CAUUCGCUUAAGGCUGAAAGACUGGGAAUAUAUGAUGCACAAGUUGUGCUGUUAAAAGUGUCAACAAACGAGGAAUUCUGAGAAAAAGAUGUGAAAAAAAUUUUUAAAACAUUUGCAGUAUAUAUCCAGAAAAGUUCUGAACCAUGACUAAUGAUAACCCUAAUUCACAAAGUGAUAAAAUGUCAUUUACUGAAAUCAAUUUAUCCGAAAUCAAGGAGAAAAAAUUGCCUAAACGUUUGGUUUACUUCAGUGAUGGAAUUUUAGAAGAAUAUAGCUCUGACGAAGAUAUUUGUGAUGGUGAAUGUCAAGACACUCAACCCCUAAUCGAUGCUAAAACACUCCCAUGGAUUCCAUACUUUGGUUAUCUGAUAUGGUGGAUAGGCUCUCGAACAUUAUCAGUUUGCGAUUACCUCGGUGAAAAUUUAGCAUGGUUUCUGGGGAUUACAUCACCUAAGUUUCAGUAUGAAUUAGAACAAUAUGAAAAGAUAGUAAAAGAGGAAGAAGAGCUGCAGAAAUACAUUAAAUCAGAAAAUGCAGGAUGGAUUACUAAAAGUUCUGAAGAUUCUAAACAUGAGCCCAUUGAACUGCAACCUCAGCCCAAACUUUUAGAUGUGCAGACCAAAGAAACUGAAAUGACAGAACCUCUGGAUGAAUUUCAGAAAUACAGUAUUUCACUUUCAGAACCUGUUAAAUUUUAAUUAUGAAUAACCUGAAAUGCUGCUAUUUUUUUGGGUGCAAAAUGUUAUACAUUAUUUAUACCUUGCACAUUUUUUUGGCAUUCUGAUACUAAACUAUGCCUUUCUGAUAAAUUCCUUAAAUUGUGAUCUGCGUUUGAAACAUUUAUAUAUAACUGUUAAUAUAAAUGGCUUGCUUUUGCAGCAAUAUACCUACAGGUUUAACAUGUAUGUGCCUAUUUGUAAGUUUAUGAAUUUGUGAGAGCAUAUUUUAUCCAAUAAUCCUAAUAAAUAGCAAUAGUAACAGA